AUGUAUGGAGACACGAUGCAUCCAAGCAUUUAUCCAAGUGAAACACAUUCACCAUCUUUGCUCAACAUCGCCCCUCGUCAUCUCCGCUUAACCUGCAUAUUUAGAAAUAUAUGCAAGGCUGAGUACAGAGCCAUAUCUGAUCAUCUUGUGCCGCUGAGAUGGUGUUCUCAUACGGUCACCUUCCCUGCCCAACAUGACAGAGGUAUCCUUAUGCCGGGAAGGUGGCCACCUUCCACGGUCACCUUCUCUGCCGUCCGUUCACGGUCAGAGAAGUUUCUCCUCUCCCCCCCUCAUUCCAUCGUGACUAACGAGAAGGAGAACAGAAAAGAGCUCUGCGCUUCCUGCCUGCUGCUGACCGUCGACCAGCCUCCCUCCGGCGCCGCUGCCGCCGCCUCCUCCAGCGGUGUGUCUUUCUCUCCCUCGGGAUCCGCCGCCAUCAUCGAUCACCGUUGCUCCGCACCGCCUCAGCCGAACUUCCGAAAGAUUUAUAAAGGUCUUGAAAUCAUUGAAUCGGUGACAUAUCUGGGUUGUUGGGCAGUACUCGUGUCGAUGGGGUGUCUAAGUCCAUUCGCCGGAAUCCGGCAGAUUCAUACUCAAAGGGAUAAGUUUCCCAAUUGGCUUAUUCAUUAAAGUAUAUACUUACUUCUGCUACUUCAUGAAUUUAGUGAUUUUGGGGCAUUUGUUUCACUGAUAUCGAUGGAUUGUGGUGGAAGAUGGUAAACUUGUUGUUGUGAAUUUGUUAAUUUCAUUUUAACAGAUUCUAUUUGUCACUAUAUGUAUGCAUAUGCUUGUACAUAUGUGCAAGAGAAGAAAGGCUUAAGAUUUACCUUUUUAAUGGUGAAAAAGUGUUGUUGGAUUGUAGGACUUAAUCCUACAAUUAUCUGCAACUCUCCCUCCUCGACUCCUUAUCAAUCCUAUGUUGUGUUGGUGUGUGAAGAGAAUGUUUGAUGGUGAUGGGUGCUUGAAAGUGAGAAGACUUAAGGUUUAUAUACUCCCUUGUAUGUUGUAAUCCAACUGGGGGAGGUGUAGCUUGGAGGGGAAGUAUGUAAGAGAUAUUUUGGAUCAUAUGGCCAAAAUGUAUUUUGAGAAUGGAGGGACUAUCUUAGACGUUAAUUAUUCUUUGUUGAAAUCUUUGAUCUGAUGUGGAGAUAAAUCUCCCAUGUUACUCAUAUUUAUAUUUAACUUGGUAAAGUUAAUCUUCAUUGUUAUAUUUGUAUGUCAGCUUUUGAGUAUUUUAUGUAUAUCUCCUUGGUUGAUCCUAUGGCUAAGAAGCAUUUUGAAAAUGUGAUGGGAGCAUAUGAGACCUUGAUUCUUCU